AUGAAAGCCGGACCAUCCUACAAAGCAGUUUCGUCGCUCAAAGCGUUGCAGUGCAAAGUGUUGGGUACAACUUACAACCCCACACAUGCACGAACAGGAGCCAAAGUUCUACGACAACGAUUACAAGGACCUUCGAUGCUGGCCUACUACCCAGCCACGGUCAACUUCCGUUCCAUCGAAAAGCUAGCACCGGGCUUGGGGAGAUUGCAAGAUGUUAGAGAAACACAGAGACUCAAGGACGUCGAAAGGAAAAAGAUGCUUGGCAAAGGACCUCCUAAGAAGGGCGAGGGUCGACGUGCGGCUAUGAAGGGCAAGAAGAAGUAA